CACCGUAGUAGUAUUAGCCACCAAAAAAAGCUUUGUAACAACGCUGUGUGUGUAUGUGUGAUGUUAGCAAUGGCGGUUCAACCAAACCUGAAUGUCUCUCUGAAGCCCUUAGCGUUCCCUUCCCAAAAGAUUAAACCCUUAUUAGAAAAAGCCUCAAUCUUUGCAAACCCAAUAAGUAAAACAAUCUCACUCUCCAACUUAAAGCUCAGUAGCGACUGUCACACUCACACAACCAAAUUGGUCAAACCAAUUUGGGCCUCAGCCACUGCAGAAGCAACAGUUGCUGAAGAACACACUGCCUCAGAUGAUGAUUUCACCUCCCAAUCCCCUCCAGAUAAAGAGAAGCUUGGGGUGGUUGUGAAGCCAAUGGAGAAACCACGGAUUGUAUUGAAAUUCAUUUGGAUGGAGAAGAACAUUGGCAUUGGGCUCGACCAGAUGAUACCUGGACAUGGUACCAUCCCACUCAGUCCCUACUACUUUUGGCCAAGGAAAGAUGCUUGGGAGGAGCUCAAGGUUUUACUUGAAAGCAAGCCCUGGAUAUCUCAAAAGCACAUCAUUAUUCUUCUCAAUCAGGCUACUGAUAUCAUCAAUUUGUGGCAGCAGAGUGGUGGAAAUCUGGCAUAAGCUUCAAUGUAAACAUUUUUGAAUCUUCAGCAUAUUAUGUUAUAAGUAGAUCCCUCAUGAAUGUUAGGCUGUUGCUGUUGUAACCUGUUGUAUUAGAGCUCUUUGAACUACUUGUAUGCUUCUUGUUAAAUUAAAUGGAAUAUGGUUUCAUUUAGCCAUUUGAAUA